GGUAAUACUCUUUUGAAAAUAAACUGUCAUAACAAAUGAGAUUUUUAAAGGUUAUGUUUGUGCAGUUUUGUAUUAAAUGGUAUUAUUUGUUAGUUAUAAAAUAUACUAUUAUUUUUCUCUCUGAUUAAUAAUAAAGUUCAUAGGUCAUUUUUAUAAUGGGUUUAACAAAACAAUAUCUACGUUAUGCACCGAGUGGAACAUUUAAUGUGAUAGCAAGUGCAGAUUGUAACUGUUCACAUGUUUCCUUAAAUGGUGUAAGUGGUAGAUAUGUUGCCGUGGGUGCUUGCGAACAUGUUAUUAUUUGGGAUAUGAGGUUAGGAGAGAAGGCUCAAUUACUUCCUGGAGAAAAUAUUGUCGUAUCGCAACUGACUGCCAGCCCCAGUGGCAAUCACAUAGCAGUUGGUUAUGUUGAUGGGAAUAUUAAUGUGUUUGAACUAACAAACAAUGAAAUCAUCUGUGUGUUUGCCGGGCACAAAUCGGCAGUCACUUGCUUGCAGUAUGAUGAUCAAGGUCACAGAUUGAUUUCUGGAUCUAAGGACACAGAAAUUAUCCUCUGGGAUGUUGUAUCUGAGACUGGCUUAGCUCGAUUCAGUGGUCACAAGGGUAUUGUGACUAGUGUACUAUUCAUCAACAGCAAAAACUGCAUCAUAAGUUCAUCUAAGGAUACUUUUGUAAAAUUUUGGGACAUUGAAACAAAACACUGUUUUAAAACUUUAGGUGGUCAUCAAAUGGAGGUUUGGUCAGCUGUUCUUCUAAAGGAGGAGAGAUAUCUAGUAACAGGUAGUAUGGACCAGGAGCUUAGAGUAUGGAAGCUCAAUUGGACUAAUGAUAUAAAAGAGGAAGAUAAAAUAUCACAGCAGCUUGAAAUAGUUAAACUGGAGGAAACUGAUGACAUUGAGGAUUCAUCUGUUUUACAAUGUCAUCAAGUAGGUACUCUAAUACGAGGAGGUAAGGGCCGUGUUGUAGGUCUUCACACAGAUCCUGGCCAAACUGUGUUAGCUUGUUUUGGAACAGAUUCCUUACUUGAACUUUUUUCCUUUUGUUCUGAUGAGGAAGCUAAAACUAGAAUGAAUAAGAGGAUUAAGAAACAAAAGAAAAAAAUAGCGAAAUUAAAAGAAAAUGGAGGAGUAGAUGAAGAGGCAGCAGAGGUGGUUGAACUUUUAACACUUACAGAUGAAGUCCGAAGGUUGACUUCAGUUAAAUUAGGAGCUAAGAUAAAGUCAGCAACACUUCUAUUAGGAACCACAGGAGAACUCAGAGUUGGAAUAUCUCUUGCAAACAACACAGUUGAAUUACAUAGUUUGAUGUUAGAUGAGGCCAAUGAAGUGAGAUGUUUGAAACAAAUAACACAACCUGGACACCAAAAAGAGCCUCGCUGUGUAGCAAUAAGUUCAGACAAUCUUGCUAUUCUUUCAGCAUCUGCUGAUUCCAUCAAAUUAUGGAAUAGACCGACCCAAAUGUGUUUGCGCACCAUCCCGAUGAGUGGUGGUCGCGCUACGUGCGCGUGCUUCGCCCCCGGUGAUCGCUACGCGUUGGUGGGUUGCGCGGGGGGCACACUGCUCGUGGUGGACGUGGUCGCGGGUCGAGUGCUCGAGCAAGUGCCCGCCCACCAGGGGGACUGCUCCUGCGUCGGUCUUACACCAAAUAUGCUGAGUUGCUAUUCUGGCGGAGCAGACAAAACGGUAAAAUUGUGGCAAUCUGAACUAAUAGAAGAUCCAACGGGCGAAUCUAAAGCAAAGGUAUUGUCAUUAUUGCACACCAGAACAUUGGAAUUGGAAGAAUCAGUACUGGCCGUUAAAAUAAGUCCGAAUAGUAAAUUUAUUGCGGUUGCUCUUCUCGAUUCUACAGUGAAAAUAUUUUUCCUAGACACAUUUAAGUUUUUCCUCUCUCUUUAUGGACACAAGUUGCCAGUUCUGUGUUUAGACAUAAGUUAUGAUUCGAAUAUAAUAGCGACUGGUUCAGCUGACCGAAAUGUUAAAAUAUGGGGUAUGGACUUUGGUGAUUGUCAUAAGUCAAUAUUUGCUCACAACGAUUCGGUGACAGCCCUACAGUUCGUGCCCGGUACACACUAUUUCUUCACUGCAUCUAAAGAUGGAAAAGUGAAACAGUGGGAUGCUGAUAGUUAUGACAACAUAAUCACACUUAAUGGUCACGCGGGGGAGUGUUGGGGCGUGUGCGUGGGCGCGGGAGGGUUGCACGUGGCUUCGUGCGGCGCCGACCGGGCGCUGCGGCUGUACGCGCGCACGGAGGAGCCCCUCGUGCUCGGCGACACCGAGGAGCAGGACGAGGGCCUCGCCACAGGGGAUACACACGCCCCUGUACCUGGAUUACCUGGUUUGAAUAUGCCCACGAAGAAAACUAUAGGUGCUGAAAAAGCUGCGGACUCGAUAAUGGAAUGUAUAUCAGUGAGUACCGAGUAUACUCGUGAACUGAAAGAAGCGCGCGGCCAGUAUGUUCAGCCGCCCAUACUGAUGGCUGCGUACAACUGCACUACAACCGAUGACUUCCUACUAGAAACGUUAAAAAAAAUACGCUCUAGUGAUUUAGAGGAGGCAUUGUUAUUGCUACCGUUCAGUGCGGCAUGCGAGGUGGUCCGUUCCUUACCUUCGUUGUUGGAGCGCGGAUCUGAUAUAGAGUUGGUGUGUCGCACCGCCAUAUUUCUGACGAAAAUACACCGCGCCCCACUGUUGGCCAACCGCGCUUUAUUAAAACACAUGAUACAGAUACAAGCGAAAGCCACCGUGAGACUACAAGAGCUGAGGGAUAUGGUUGGUUUCAACAUGCACGCUUUGCAAUGGAUGAAACGCGAGGCGGAAGCUGCGGAAAGCGAACAGCUAUUCAAAGAGGCGACAGACGCGAGACGUACGCGCGACAAACGCCGAAGGACGAGACAAGCUGUCAAACGACCCAUCGUUACAGUUACAUGAAACUAUUCAAUAAAUAGAUUUUGUAUAUAGAU